AUGAGAUUUAUUUGUCACAUGCAACGAGUUCCACAACUUAUUACAGAUCGACUCUAUUUAGGUUCAUCUUCAGCAGCGACCAAUUUAGAAGAAUUGAAAAGACUUGGCAUUGAUUCUGUCCUUUGUGUGAAUACUAUAACUCCAUUUCCAGAUGAAACUGAACGAAAAAAGAUAUUUAAGAACUAUUUUCAAAUUUCUGAAACUGACGAAGAGAAAACGAACAUCAUUCAAUAUUUUGAUACAGUCAUUGCUUGGAUUGACGAUUGUUUGGACUCCGACCCAAAGAGUAAUGUACUUGUUCAUUGCUCAGCAGGAAUGUCACGUUCUGCAACUUUAAUCAUCGCUUAUGUCAUGAAAAAGUUUGACAAGAACGCCGAAGAGGCCUAUCAAUACGUUCGAGAGCGAAGAUGUUGCAUUGCUCCAAAUACUGGUUUUUUAACACAAAUUCAGCUCUAUCAAGAUAUUGGAAAAUCAUUCAGUGGACCAAUGUUUGAACAGUACGUCUUUAAUCAGAUAUUCAAUAAUGAUAAGGAUCAUCCCAGUUUUGUUUCACUCAAUUAUUUGAAAAUGGUUGAUUUUCCUCCCAAGUUUUUAUUGGAAAAAUAUGAAUUAUAUCAAGAGUUAGAAAAAGAACAGUUGGAGGAUGCGAGUAUCGAAGGACAACUUGUACAACACAUGACUGAGGAUACAUGCACAAAAAAGUUGUCACACCAAUUUUCAAAGUUAAUCACACUUGAACUACAAUGGAAUUACAUUCAAAAUUUGGAGUCACUCGUAAAAUUUAACCUUCAUGAAAUGGUUGAGUUGGAUUUGAGCCAUAACUGCAUUGAACAAAUUCCAAUUGAACUCUUUACCAAUUUACCACAAUUAAGAAUUUUAAAUUUAUCAUAUAACAAGAUCCAAUCACUUCCCAAAUCUCCAAUUCGUGACACCAAGUCUGAGACGCCAUUAGAUACAAUGGUAGUGACGACACAUGAAUCGACAACCGAAUCCACUACUACUGACCCUCAUAACGAAAACCUCAAUCAUCGUUCAGUUCUUCCAACAGAAUCCUCUUCGACAGUCUCGCCCACAGUGACCAUUGAAACCAAUGCAGAACGAUCAACCAAGUUGGUAGACCUUCGAUUGGGUCACAACUUGAUUGAACAAAUUUGUGAAGAUAAUGAAGAAGUGUUCCGUGUGAUUUUGAAAAAUUUGGAAAUGCUAGAUUUGAGUCACAACAAACUGAAGUGCAUUCCUUCAUACGAAAAGUGUUUUUCUCAUUUGCAAUCAUUGCGUGUUUUGAGCUUGUACCAUAACUGUUUUGAAAGAGAACCUGAGGUUAUUGGACAAUUAAGAAAUAUGGGAAAAAUUGUUUAUUAUUCAGCCCAAACUCAAAAUUUGAGAGAAAUUUUGAAAAUCUAA